AUGUCUGUAAUUCGGCCUAUAAUUCCUGAAAAUAAAGAAAUACUUGAAUGGUGUUCAGAUUUUAGCAAACUCGAAACUUAUUUCGAUAAAGUGCCCUUGGAUAGACAACAAGAAGUCGGUGGUCAAAAGCUUAAAUCUUUGCUUAGUGAAACUGAAUUUCCCGGUCCUAUCCCAUUAUCUUCAAAUAAUCCCAUUACUUUCUCAUUAUCCACGCACCAAUUUCAGUCACAUAUUGAACAAAAUGUACCUAUUAAUAUACAACCCGCAGUUUUUCAUGCUUUGAUUCCACUUGGAAACCAUUCUUACAAUAAAGAUCCACGUCAUGAUCCUAUAGUUUUAUUCAAUCGAUGGAUAAUAAGAUCAAAGUAUAAUGACGUCAACUUUGGUUUUGAAUUUGAUCCAGAUGAAAAAUCUGCAAUGGUGUUGGAAAAUUUAUAUGAACGAUUGAGUCAAGAUAUUGCUUCAUUUGUCUCAGGGUCUGUAUCACAAGAUUCUAUUUCGCUUUCUGACUCUAUCUACAAAAUAUUUCGCUGUCAAUUGGCUCUUGAGUUAGGAGAAUAUUAUUUCUCCAGGAAUUGUGAGAAAGCUUUCUAUUAUUUAUGUAAAUGUAGACUUGAAGGUCAUUCUUAUGAGCGAACAAAGGAGUAUAAAGCUUUUUGUACAAUAGACCAGGAUCGAUUAUCUGCUUUAAUUAAUGGGACGGGUAUUAUAACGACUUUUCCCCCAUCUGAGCAAAUAAAUUAUUUUAAAGGUGAUUUAGAUUAUGAGGGUGUGUAUAAGGUCUUGCUGAGAUCGCUUGAGAAAAAUGUCUCAUUUACUAUGUCGAUGGAAGAAACGCGCGCUCUCGUUGAUCAAGCUAUUAAGUUUCAUAAAGAAUUCGCAGCAAUCAAGAUCGCAGUUUAUAAUGCCUUAAGAUUACAACUCAAUGCAUCUGUUGAUGAUAUGCUUAAUGAAGUGCCCGUACAGUGUAUUCAAUAUUUUCAUAAUAAUUUUGAUGAGCAGGUAGUAAAGGAUAUCAUUGAACUGGUAAAAACAAUUUAUGGAAACUUUCCUGGAGUAAAAUUAAAUGUGAAUCAAAGAAAAUUUCUUUCUUUAUUUUUCGAAAAACUUGAUAAUGAUAAAGUUUGGGAUGUCAUAAGGAAAAUUGAAGGGAUGGAGUUUGUGCAGUAUCCACUCGAAAAAAUAAUCGAGCCAUUAGUUCUACUAAACAUGCGUUGUAAAUCAACAAAUGUUUUCAAACAUAAGACUAACGGCAACAAAAAAUCCAGACAAAGUCAAGAAACUAGAUUAAAUAUUGCUCAUGAUGAUUUUCAAAUUCCUAAAAGCUUGAAACAUAUUCAGCUUCGACCAUCUCGACCUCCUAAUACAAUUCCGUUGAUAUUCCAACCAUUAAAUCAAUCUUCUCGAAUUGAUCGAAACAUUUCGCAAAAUACUAUUUCUUCGAGAUGGAAAGCUGUUGAGGAAUUUAUAAACUCGGCAUAUCAUCAACAAUCUUUGGAUAACUCUAAAUUAGAACAUGUGGAAAGUCUAUGUAAUAAUGCAUUGGAUGAUAUUCUAAGGAUGGAUUUACAAGACUUGGAGGAUGUUGUACGAAUUUUGAUGGAUCACUCACGAUGGCAAUUUUUGACAAAAUUCUUAAAAUUUAAUAAUUUACAUCAGACGUUUAUAAUGUUAUAUUUAUCAGUUGCUUAUUCUACGCAAUACCAUUUCUGCCGAUUUAUGAUUCCGUGUACUUGUAUAUUGAAGUUAUACUCAAAAUAUGCUCAAGGCAUCUAUAAUUUUGAUAAUGAUUAUGAAUCUAUAUAUCAAAAAGAAUUUGACGUAAUAUUCAGCAUGGACUACAAUGAUAUAAGGAAAUUACGCGUUUCAAUACGCAAGAUGAUUAAAGCAUUCACUCUGUUAGAUAACAAAAAUAUGGGACUUUCCCUUAGAAUUUUGACAAAGCUCAAAAACUUGAAAUGGGCACAUCAAGUGAUUGGAUGUUUGAUUGCUGGAUAUUUGUGUAAUCGACAGUCUCAGCUAGGUCAAAAGUUGUGUAUUGAAUCAGCAAAAUACAAUAGUCCAAAGUAUUGCUAUUAUCUUCGUUUGGCUAAUAUAUACUGCCUACAGGGGUCACCUUUAAAAUCCUUGAGCAUGGAAGCAAUUGCGUUGAAAACGUCCUUUUAUACGUUUCUUGAUAAAAUAAAUGAAUUAUGGCCUUUGCAUACGAUAAAGCAAAUGAUUUUAUGUUCUCUUUCUCGCAAAGAACCCAUCGCUGCAGUUGUAUUCCACCAAUUUAUACAACACGAAUUUGGCUGCCUAAAUGAAACGAAGUCUUUGCUCGAUUUGGCGAUAAACGAUGGGACAUUACAAAAAUCCAUUUUUACCAAGUUUAUAUUUGACGUUCAAGUGCUAGAACACAUUUGUAAAGAGCAAGCACCAUCAAUAUUCUCCAAGAGUUAUACUUUUUCUGAAAAUGAUAAGCAAACAAAGUUUAAAAAUUAUAUCAAACAUAAAUCCCAUAAAGAAGUAAUAGGAAUUGAUAUUGAUCCAACACAUCAAGAAAUUGUUAUCGAGGAAUUGAAACGCCAGUUUAUGCAUACUGUACUUGAAUGGAUUGAUGAGGAAAAUGAG